GGCCCAGUUUCCCGGCCAGGAGGGCCACGUCCGCCUCAUCUAUCAGGGGCAGCUGCUACGGGACGAUUCACAGAGCGUGGCUUCUCUGCAGCUGAGUGACGGGUGCGUGGUACAUUGUCACAUCUCCCAGCAUGCACCUUCUCCCGGACGUGGCAGCAUUGACGUGGCGGAGGGUCCCCUGAACAUUGGCAGCCUGCUGGUCCCUCUCCUGGUCCUGAUCUUGGCCUUGUUGUGGUUCUGCCAGUUCCAGCACCCCGAUAUAUUCACCGCCACGGCCACGGUGUGCCUGGGAGCCAUCACCCUACUCGUCAUCGUCAUAACCUUUGCCACGCACCGAAGAUAG